AUGGCAAUUUCAACAGAUUUGGAAUUGCAGAUUUACACCAUUUUCAACCCCUUUCCGUCUGCUGUAGUCUUUGAAUUGGACACUGACGUGACAAUAAGUUCAAUGUCCAUUUCGGUUACCAAUAAUGGACCAGACGACUUACCAGCAGUAAGCAACGGGUCCAUUAACUAUGAAGUGAAAAUGUAUAUUGCCGAAAUUGAGAACGGUAUUAUAGUAGACCCGGUUGAAGUUACGGGAUUCGAUCUGGACGAUGAUGCUGCAUUGCGCCGAGCCAACAGCAUCGUGUCUGGUUCCAAUCAGCUGUUCCAAAUGCCAACCCCCACAGCUGUUGUCAACUACCCAUCGGAAAAGUGUUCCACUCACAGUCACCUGUGUGUCGCCUUGGAACAUGGAUCGACGUACGUGGACAAUAAUGCCGAUAACGAUUAUUACUGUCUGAAGUUCAUAGACGGGAUGUUCAGCGAGGUUGUUGGACCCACGGCGUGUGCGUCAGAUGUACUUAUUUCAGAAGUCAACAUUACAAAUCCAGCGUCACCUGUCUACACGUACGAUGAACCUACAACCAUCACAUUUGAUAUGCAACUACAUAACGCUGGGGGCGCUGUGGUACCUGGCGGCAACGACAACCUGGGGCUGCAGGUGUUUGUAUCAAGUGACAAUUCCUCCUCAUCAGAGUUUGUACUGAACAUCACCUAUUCGCUGAAUAUAAAUCUAUCGGCAUCAAUCGAACCAUGGGGCGAUACCGUUUAUAGAGGAUUGUCAGUCAACGUCAGCAUACCUGCUGAAAACUGUGAUGUGUAUACAUAUUUAUGCCUACUUUUCGUUCAAGCAGCAACAGCAACCUUCGACGAUGAAACGGCGAACAAUCUGAUGUGCUUAAAAUUUGAUGAGGUCAGCAAAAACGGGGUCGGAGUCAUAGAAUGUCCAGAAAACCCAGACCAGUCGUUGGGUCCCUGGGCCAUUGGUGGAAUAAUCACAGGGGGAAUUGUCUUAGCGUUCAUAAUAUUGGUUGGUUUGUUGUGUCUUACUUCGGCGCUGUUGAAGAAAAAUACUGUGCAGGACGCCGCAGAAGAAAAGUAG